AUUAAUUUGAUCAAUUUAUUCAAACUGUUAACCUAUACAUGACUUAUUAUUAUCUUAAUCAAAUCAUGUGCACUCGACAUAUCGAUAUCGUUAUGCUAAUGAAUUCAUGAAAUGUUUCUAAAUGCAUUUAUACAUAUUAUUAAAAGGCAUGGAAAAAACUGCAAUCUCUUGUAUUCAUAUUUACAUAUAAGUAAAUAUAGCCAGCGCACUUUACGCUGUAAGAUCGUGUUAUCGGGUAGAGUUAUAUAAUCGGUAUUUUGUGUCUUUGUAGUAAGUCGAUAUAGUACAAAGCGUUUUUGUACACUGCGAAAAACAUGCAACUUGAAGUGACUUCGGACGCAUACAUGCAAUAUGCGUUAUUUUGUUUGGCAGAAAUUAGUUUAGGAUGGCUAGUGGAAAAGAAGUUGCAGAUGAAAAGAAUAUGUCUGUUAUUCUACACAAAGGCCUGACAUCAUUAUGGCUGGAUGAAGUUUGCACCGAUUUUGAAAUUGAAACUGAUACAAAAACAUUCCGCUGCCACAAAGUAGUUCUUGCUUCCGUCUCGGACUACUUUCGCGCCAUGUUUAAUUCGGGAAUGUCCGAAAUGGCGAGCAACAAGGCGACGUUUGAAGAUAUUUCUGCAGGAACAUUUGAUAUGCUGUUUACCAUUCUUUACUCACUAAAGCAGGGCAAGACUGUGUUUGACAAUAAAACAGAUGAAGACGUUUCAGAACUUCUUAAAGUAGCCAACCGAUUUCAAAUGAAAUUUCUAGAAGACAUGUGCGUGCAUUUCUUAGAAUACAGCAUGACUGUUAGCAACUGUGUAGAACGAUGGAAGACAGGUCAAUUAAUGUUAUGUGACCAGGUGACCGGGAUGGCGCAGGAAUUUAUUCUUGAAAAUUUCGAUUCAAUAAUCAAGGAGUCCAUUUUCUUGACCUUAGAAGUUGAUGACCUGCUUGACAUCCUGAGUGAUUUAAAUUUAAACGUUGACAAAGAAGAGUCGGUGUGGUCGGCAAUUAAGAAGUGGAUCGAUUUUGACAAAGACGCCCGCGAAAAACAUUUUAUGGCGCUUUUGAAGACUUGUUGUCUAUCGGAAAUUAAUAACGAUUUUUUAGUUGAAAAGAUAGCAUUUGAACCUAUCGUAAGACGCAAUGACGAGGCGUCUGCCUUAGUUCAGGAGGCACUGUCUGUUUCGAAACAUCCGGGUGGCCAUGGCAACAUCGAAUUAACAUUUCGAAAUUGCUCCAAAAAACAACAGACGCUUAUUCUGUUAUGCGAAGAUGACGAACGGUCGAAGACUGAUGGCGAUAUAAUCAAGCGUUGCGCAAUAGAAGAAAUUGAUGUGAAUGUAUACUCAAUAGAUAUUUGGACUGACAGAUGUAAAUCGCUACCACCGUUGAAAGGUGUGGGGAAAAGUCUGGCUUGCUGCGUCCAUGGCGAAAGUUUGUACGUGGUCGGCGGACGACGUGGCACGUUGACGAGGUAUAACGGAAACUCACAGACGUGGAAAACGCUGAGCGAAUUGUCGACGCCUCUUCAAGGUCACACAAUAUCAGCGACCGACACAUGUAUGUUCGUGAUGGGUGGGAAAUCCAAAUUUCACGCAAAUAACAAGGUGUAUGCGUACAGUUUCGAUACAGAAAAGUGGACCGAGGCGGGAGAACUGAUGGCGCCCGUUUUCGGAGCAUCUUCAGUCGCUGUUAAAGGCAUUAUUUACGUCAUCGGCGGAGAAUUCAGACGCGAACCAACAGACUGCAUUCAGACGUACGACCCACUAGAGGAAAUAUCCAGUAUAUUAUGUUCCCUACCAACCCUUUGCGCAUUUUCGCGGUCCGUCUGUCGCGGAGAGUUUCUGUAUAUAGUAUCAGCAAGGGGCGAGGUCGUCAAAGUGUCCACCGAGACAGCGAAGUGCGAAACGAUUGCAUCCAUUCCUCACUUCAACCGCACUAAUUUCGGAAUCGAUCUUCGAAAUGGUAAAUUAUCAAUAUUUGGUGGCAAGUCGCAUGCUGUGGCCCGAAAGACUGAAGCAGAGAAUAGAAACACUGGUUAUAGCGAUGCUGCGGAACGGGAUACAGAAGAAGGCGACGUUGCUGCGGAACGGGAUACAGAAGAAGGCGACGAUGCUACUGAUGGCGCGCGGUCUUUAAGAACGAAACAAGAUUUGAGUUCCCAUGAUGACCCGCUUGUUCCUGACGUCCCACCGGACCGUGCAGUCCUUGUCGUGGACAUUAAGACAGGCGAGAUAACUUGUGGGAAACCUCUCACUACCGGCAUGGAGGUGCUGGGAUGUGGACUCCUUGUACAUACGCGAAAAUCCGUGAAACCAAUUCAGAUUGGGCCUCACAAACCAAUCGGUCGCAAAAUACCCGGCACAUAAAUAAACUGCAUGUCCUGCAAUUGUCAUCUCACUACGUCCCAAAUAUACCCCAAAUGUACUGUGAUGCAUCAAUAUUUACUUAUUUAUCCUAUGAUACUGUAAUACAUGUGUAUAUGCUGAAAUAACAAUAUUUUAUACAUUUAAAAUCUUUAUUUUCACUACAGCUGUGUUGCUUAUGCGCACAAUACAUAAAAUACUUGCCUCCAAUUGUUAUCAA